AUGAGCGAAGUGUUAGAUGAGAGUGUGGAAUGUUUCCAGGACAUGAUAUCGCAGCUGCAAGGGUCUGUGGAUACACUGAAGAGUAACUCAGAGGAAAACAAUUACUUGACAGAGACGAUGCUGCAAUCUCGACGAGUGUUUGAGUUGGUGCCCGAAUACGACGUCCAGAGGGCCAAGUUGAGUUUGAUAGAAGAGGUGGACCCCGUGGUGAAGACGCUAGAGGAGAAGCUGAGGAAGUCCUUGAGCAAGAUGCAGCGAGAGUUGGAGACGUUGCAGCAGAGCUGUGAAUUGAACGAACUGCGACUCAACAACACACACACGACGGGACAAGAAGGAGACGUGGACAUGAGCAGCGACAAUCUUGUGGUGAUGGCUUCAUCGACUAAUGAAGAACUGGAGACUUUAAAGCAAUUGAAAACGACAAAGCGCGAAUUGGAACUCAAAUUGGCCCAUUUGCAACACUAA